AUGGAUAAAAGGGGCAUAGCCGAGCGGCACAGCCCCCGGCACAGCCUGUUGCAGCCGAGCGAGAAGUGGCAGAGCAGCCGUGGCAGCAAGCUGCCCGAGGGAGGAGCCGGUCCGAGCGAGGAGCCACUCGCCCCGCUUCGAGAGCAGCCGCUGCCAUCUGAGGACUACCUCCAUCUGGGACCUGCCACCCGGCAUCCAGGACGCAUCGCUGCUUCCGCGGCACCCGGGGCGGGCGUGGGGCCCAGCAUCGGAAACACGCGGCGUUGCCGUAGAGACGGCUCUGCAGGGGGCGAGAGGAGGCGGUCCGGGUGCCGCCGGCACUCCGGAGAGGUGGCACGGAGGCAGCCAUGCCGGGGUGGCUUCCGAGCCCUGCCCUCCGCCGCCAUUCUCUAUUAUAGAAGCUCUUCCGGCGGCGUAGACCACUCUGACAUCAUCCCCCGCACUCCGCGGGACGCAGUCGUGGGCUACGGGCGUGGCGACUGCCCCUACCCAUCACGAGGGUACAGGCAGGCGGAGGCAAGGCGUGACGGCGAGGAGCGGGCCUGCUGCCGCGGGAAGGCGGAGCAGGGCUCCGCAUCUCUACUGCCGGAGGUGGGCGGAUCGGGGGAGCACGUCGCACGGAGCCGUCGGCGACCACUCACCUCCUGGCGAGAAGCGCCGCAGCCGCCUUCAGCCCCUCGAGGAGAAGGCGAGCGUCUCCCCGUCCGUCCGCAGGAGGGGACCGUCUGCCCUCGGAGCCGCGGCUGCUGCCCGCCCGAGGACCGCAGCCGCUGCCUACGGGCUCUCGGAGAGACCGACAGCCAUGAGAGCCUGGCCCGUGGCGGGUGCUCCCUAGCGCGCAGGCGGCUCCGCUCGGCCCGGCAGCUAAGAGCCUGCGGCGCAGCGACCAGAGGACUGCAGCCGCCACGGGGAGACGGAGUUACCGUUGCGGCGAGGAGCGCCCCAAGGACGUGGCACCGCCAGUGUCCGGCGCUGCAGGCCGCCAUGGGGCAACAACUGGUACCCAAAAGGUGGAAACUUGGGACCUGCACUUCUUCGGAUAGGGAAAUUUCAUCCUGCAAGGAGUUCGACUUCUGCCGACCGAUCCUAAGAAACCCAACUCCUAAGAACCAUGCACAGAGGAGAGGUAAAGAGCAACUCUUUGUGGUUUAUUUUGAUAGCAACUGUAACGUGGUUUUUCCGGAAAUUAGAAGUACUUGUUCUGGGACAGGGAAUGGCAACUUUCUUAUGGGAUCCCUUGAUGUUGUGAAAGUUGGUUGCUUUUUCUCAGUUUAUGGGUGAAAGUGUGAACUGACUAGAGAGGUCAGCACUUUUGUGGAGUGGCUUAGUCCCAGAGGUUUUUCUCCACUUUGCGUUUCACCCAGGUGGGUGCAGUUUGACGGGCCCAUCAUUGGUGUAAAGGGGGGGCUGGUGGUGCAACCCCCUCACGGCUUCUGUAAGUCAAGGAAGGGUGUGGGACUGGACUGCACCACUGUUCAUUGCUCAGGGAGUUUUUGGAUUGGCUUGGUAUAUCAUGGCUAGGCUUCGCGAACGAAGAUUUGAAAGGGCUCUACCCACGCUUGCUACAAGUGCGCUGAUGGCUAAAAAGGCCAAUGCGAGAUAGACAAGUCCGGUUGCAGAAGGCACAGCAGAAAGACUCCCCAGGUGAUACAGACGAGACGCGAUUCUUUCUGCGUUGUCUUUUCUCCUCGAGAGUGAUCCUGCGUGUGUUCUCAAAAGCAGCAGCAGCGUUAUAGAUGGUGUGUCUCCAGGCCUCCCGAUUGGAGGCCAGGGUAGACCAAUGGUGAUGAUCAAUAUGGCCAAGGCUGAGGGAUUGUUUCAGGGAGUCCUUGUACCUUCUCUUCGGGGCUCCUCUCUUGCGGCAGCCAGUGGC